CCUGAAAAGGCGGUUCUUCGUGCUGCUUCUGGCGCCCGCACCAAGAUCCGGGGCUCUGUGUCAGUAGGCUGCAAGCGCCAGAUCCACUGCUGCACCGUCUGGCCAACCCCGCCACUAGCGCCAUUCGCAACCUUUUUGGCCAUCUUGCCAUUUUGCCCCGGCGCGCCACAAUCGAACCCUCCAGCACCAACCGAAACAAGACAUCAUCACCAACUGCAAAGUACCGUUUGUUUUUGUUUUAAUCGUGCAUAGCGGCAACUAAGGGCGUACAAAGUGGGAUUCUGUUUCUUCUUCCGGUCAAUUUGCUUUCCAUUGAUCACCACUGGGCCGUCUGACGAUGCCUUCUGCCGACAGCUUGCCGGUGAACAGCCGUGAGGCUGCCGUCGAGAUCUUGACAGAUUCUCUAGAAAAGCCGUCCUUGGAUACACGGGAGUACCGUGUUAUUCGCCUUCCAAAUGGUCUCGAGGCUAUGCUGGUCCACGAUGGCGAGACCGACAAAGCCAGUGCUGCUCUUGAUGUCCAUGUCGGCAACUUCAGCGACGAGGAGAGCAUGCCUGGAAUGGCCCACGCCGUCGAACACCUGCUUUUCAUGGGUACCAAGAAAUAUCCCAUCGAGAACGAGUACGGCCAGUACCUGUCAGCCAAUUCCGGCUACUCCAACGCCUACACCGCUGGUACCUCAACCAACUACUACUUCGAGGUUGCCGCCAAACCCGCCAACGAUGGCGAGGCUUCCGACUCAAAUCCUUCCCCUCUGAGAGGCGCGCUCGACCGAUUCGCACAAUUCUUUAUCGAACCGUUGUUCCUGUCAAGCACGCUGGACAGAGAGCUGAAGGCGGUCGACUCGGAAAACAAGAAGAACCUGCAGAAUGACACCUGGCGCCUGUAUCAGCUCGACAAGUCGUUGUCUAACCCUAAUCAUCCGUAUUGCCAUUUUUCUACUGGCAAUUUUGAAGUGCUCAAGACAAUUCCCGAAGCGCAGGGCAUCAAUGUUCGCGACAAGUUUAUGGAGUUUCACGACAAGCACUACUCUGCAAAUAUCAUGAAGCUCGUCGUCUUGGGACGCGAGUCUCUUGAUGUACUGCAAAAAUGGGUCAUCGAAUUCUUCUCCAACGUUGUCAACAAGAACCUUGCCCAGAACAGAUGGGAAGAUGAGCCUCCCUUCAGAAAGAGCGAGCUUGGCCUUCAGUGGUUCGCCAAGCCCGUCAUGGACUCACGGGAGCUAAAUCUAGUGUUUCCCUGCUUAAAUGAGGAGCAAAUGUUUACUGGUCCCCCUAGUAGAUACGUUGCUCAUCUCGUCGGCCACGAGGGCCCUGGCGGUAUCAUGGCUUACAUCAAGGGCAAGGGAUGGGCUAACGGACUGUCCGCUGGUGGUUACGAUGUCUGCCCAGGCUCACCCUCUAUGUUCGAUAUUUCUGUCCGCCUUACCGAGGAGGGUCUUAACCACUACAAGGAAAUUGUCAAGAUUUUCUUUCAAUACAUCUCGCUGUUGCGCGAGUCUGCUCCGGAAGAAUGGAUUUUCGAGGAGCAAAAGGGUAUGGCGGAUGUCGACUUUAAAUACAAGCAAAAGACCCCAGCUAGCCGAUUCACUAGCAAGACCAGCUCCAUCAUGCAGAAGCCGCUACCUCGCGAGUGGUUGUUGAGUGGAAGCAGCCGGUUAAGAAAGUUUGAGCCUGCGUGGAUUAACGAAACACUCAAGCUCUUUGAGCCAGAAAACCUGCGCAUGAGCAUUGUAUCAAGAAGCUUCCCAGGCACAUGGGAAAAGAAGGAGAAGUGGUAUGGCACAGAGUACACUGCUGAAAAGAUCCCAGCAGACUUUAUGGCGGAGUUGAAGGCAGCAGUCAACGUUACGAAAGCUAACCGCCUCCCCGAGCUUCAUUUGCCUCACAAGAACAGCUUCAUCCCUUCUAAGCUAGAAGUAGAGAAGAAGGAGGUGGCCACUCCCGCCUUUGCACCCCGUCUGCUGCGUAAUGAUGCCGACUGUCGUAUUUGGUUCAAAAAGGACGAUACCUUCUGGGUCCCCAAGGCCAAUUUGAUUGUCAGCCUUCGAACACCCAUCACCCAUGCCACCGCCGAAAACAGUAUCAAGAGCCGUCUAUUCACCGAGCUGGUUCGCGACGCUCUUGAAGAGUACUCCUACGAUGCGGAACUUGCUGGUCUCCAGUAUACUGUUUCUGAUGACGCGCGUGGCCUCUUCCUGGAAAUCUCAGGCUACAAUGAUAAGCUGCCUGUGUUGCUGGAGAGAGUCGCUACAACUAUGCGAGACCUUGACAUCAAGGAUAACAGAUUUGACAUUGUCCGCGAGCGGUUGAUCCGCGAGUACGAAAACUGGCAGCUUCGGUCAGCCUACCAGCAAGUUGGAGACUGCAUCUGGUGGCUCAACGCCGAAAAGGAGUUCACUAUUGAAGAACUUGCGGAAGAGCUGCGAGGUGUUACUUCGGACCACGUCCGCCAGUUCCAAAAGCAAGCUCUCUCGCAACUUCAUUUCGAGGUCUACGUCCAUGGCAACAUGUACAGAGCCGAUGCUAUCCAUGUUAGCGAUAUGAUUGCGUCUAUCCUCAAGGCUCGCAGCCUCCCUCAGACCCAAUGGCCUAUUGCCCGCUCGCUGAUUCUCCCCGCAGGUUCCAACUUUGUGUACAAGAAGGAACUUAAAGACCCAGCCAACAUCAACCACUGCAUUGAGACUUGGUUCUACGUGGGUGACCGCGGCGACCGCAAUGCCCGCGCCAAGACUCUCCUGAUCGACCAGAUGGUCCAUGAGCCGGCAUUUGACCAGCUCCGAACAAAGGAACAACUCGGCUACAUUGUAUUUACUGGCGUACGAAGCUUUGCCACAACAUGUGGAUACCGUUUCCUGAUUCAGAGUGAACGAACCCCAGACUACCUGGACAAGCGUGUGGAAGCAUUCAUUGUGCAGUUUGGCAAGAUCCUAGACGACAUGAGCGACAGCGACUUUGAGGGCCACAAGCGAAGCUUGAUCAACAAGCGCCUAGAGAAGCCCAAGAACCUCGACCAAGAGACAGCCCGCCAAUGGGGCCAAAUCAGCAGCGAGUACUUUGACUUUGAGCAGCACCAACUCGAUGCAGAGCUCAUCAAGACUCUUACCAAGGAGCAGAUGCAGGAAUUCUACAACCACUACCUGCACCCGUCGUCCAAGGCCCGCGCCCGUCUUUCAAUUCACUUGCACGCACGAGGCGCCGAGGAGCGCAACACGAAGACGGUUGAAGCCCUUACAAAGGCCGGCUUUGCCGAUGUGCCCGAGGAGCAGCGCCAGAGCCUCGACGAGCUAGAGGCAUACCUUAAGGAGACAGGAAAGGCCUCUGCCACAGAUAUCGAGGAGCUGGUCAGCCAGAUUAAGGAACUUGGCCUAUCCCAAAAGCCGCUGCCCGUGGAACCCAACACUGCCGUCAACGGUGCCUGCGCCAUCAAUGCGGCUGUUGAGAUUACAGAUGUCCGCAGCUUCAAGGCUGGUCUGGCAGCCAGCUCAGGGCCACGCCCGUACGCGGACAUUAGCUCGUUUGAAGAGACGGACCCGAAACUAUAAACUGAUGUGUUAUGAUGGAUGAAGGACUUUUUGUGUUUAAACGGUAAUGCUGCAAGACUACGUAGAUGUUGGAAAUGCAAAUUUCAAGUUUAGAUCCGGAGAAGGAGAGAAGAGGACACUGGCUGAGGCUGUUUUCAGCAUUCUAGAUAGUGUACAGUACAGAUGUUAGAAAUGAUAUGAUUAUUUGAUAAGACUCU